GGAGCGGCGGCUGCGGCGGCUGCGGCGGCGACGGCAGCAGGCGGAAGGAACGCGGUGUCAGCGCAGUGCCACGGUGUCUGCUGAGCCGUAGCCUCAGGGGGUCCCCAGACUGCCACCCCGAGUACCCUCCCGCCGCCGCUCCCCUGCCAGCUUUCGGCCGUCCCACUGGGCCUCCCGUCGCCCGUGCCCCCUUCCUCCAUCCCGGUCUUCCCCUCUCCGUCCCGCCCCGCGUCCCGCCGGCCUUCACUCUGGAGCGGCCCCGGCAGCCGCAGCAGGGGCGGCGGCGGCGGAUCGAAGAGCUCUCCAGGUCGUCCCGGGAGAAGCUGCUGCAGUCCCGGGACAAGAUGUUCUCCAAGUUCACGUCCAUCCUGCAGCACGCCGUGGAGGCGGUAAGGGUCCGAGGCCGCAAGCAGAACGGCAGGCCGGGGAUCCCCGCAGGGCCUACCUGGUGGGCCCAAGGCUUCGGGGCAUGGCCCUGGGACUCCGUGAGGAUCGCGGCCGCUGCGGGGGAGGCCUCCUGGAGGUGGUGGGGAGACCUUGGAGUGACUGAGGUCCAUCUCGGCCUCCCUGCCUUUCCGGAACUCUGUCUCUGGCUCCAGUCAUGGCGGGGAGCGGGAGGAGGAAGCUUGCUCCUUCUCUUCCUUUACAAGAAGAUUUUGUUUAUCAUUGGAAGGCAAUUACCCAUUACUACAUAGAGACUUCAGAUGAUAAAGCUCCAGUGACGGAUACAAAUAUUCCAUCUCAUCUGGAACAAAUGUUAGUUAUCUUGGUACAAGAAGAAAAUGAACGUGAAUUUGGAGAGACUGGGCCUUGUAUGGAAUAUUUACUUCAUCAUAAGAUCUUGGAAACAUUGUACACAUUAGGGAAAGCUGAUUGUCCCCCAGGAAUGAAACAGCAAGUAUUGGCUUUCUAUACUAAACUUUUAGGAAAAAUCCGGCAGCCACUACUUCCACAUAUUAAUGUACACAGACCAGUGCAGAAAUUAAUCAGACUUUGUGGUGAAGUCCUUGCAACUCCAACUGAAAAUGAAGAAAUUCAGUUUCUCUGUAUAGUGUGUGCAAAAUUGAAGCAAGAUCCCUACUUGGUCAAUUUUUUUCUUGAGAACAAGUUAAAAUCAUUGGCUUCUAAAGAAGACUCAGAUGUAGUUACAGAGGAUACAUUAAAAGGGCAAGAUUCCUUGACAACAGAUCCAAGGCAGGCCUGUGUACCUGAGGAACUCUCUAGUACCAUUGGAAUGGAACCAACAGAGAUAGAAAAUGAUCUUCCUCAUCAACCAGAUGAUCUGUCUACAAGACUGGAUCAACUAAAUGUCACUUCAUUGCCUGAGGCUUCUACUGUCCGUCCAUAUCAGGAUUACAAUUUAGUAAAUUCUUUGCUAAAUCUUACUAGAAGCCCAGAUGGUCGAAUAGCAGUGAAGGCAUGUGAGGGUCUGAUGUUGUUAGUAAGUUUGCCGGAACCUGCAGCUGCCAAAUGCCUUACCCAGAGCACUUGUUUAUGUGAACUACUGACAGACAGACUUGCUUCCCUUUAUAAGGCUUUACCUCAGUCAGUGGAUCCCUUGGAUAUUGAAACAGUAGAAGCAAUUAACUGGGGUUUGGAUUCAUAUAGUCACAAAGAAGAUGCAUCAGCUUUUCCAGGAAAACGGGCCUUAAUUUCCUUUCUCUCAUGGUUCGAUUACUGUGAUCAGCUAAUUAAAGAAGCACAAAAGUCUGCUGCUGUUGCUUUGGCCAGAGCUGUUCGGGAAAGGUUUUUUAUUGGUGUUAUGGAACCUCAAUUAAUGCAAACUUCAGAGAUGGGUAUUCUGACAUCAACGGCUUUGCUUCAUCGCAUUGUUCGACAAGUAACCUCUGAUGUUUUACUUCAAGAAAUGGUUUCUUUUAUUCUCGGAGAGCAGAGGGAACCAGAGACACUUGCAGAGAUUAACAGACAUCCACUUCGGCAUAGAUUAAUUGAACACUGUGAUCAUAUAUCUGAUGAGAUUAGCAUUAUGACUUUAAGGAUGUUUGAACAUCUAUUACAAAAACCCAAUGAGCACAUUCUUUAUAACUUGGUUCUGAGAAAUCUUGAAGAAAGAAACUACACAGAAUAUAAACCUUUAUGCCCAGAAGAUAAAGAUGUGGUGGAGAAUGGAUUAAUAGCAGGAGCAGUGGAUUUGGAAGAAGAUCCAUUAUUUACUGAUCUUUCACCAGAAAACACUUUGUCAAAUCAAGAGUGGCUCAGUUCUUCACCACCUACUACUCCAGAACAUCCCAAAAAUGAUGGAAAAACUGAAGUCCAUAAAAUUGUAAAUAGUUUUCUCUGUCUAGUACCUGAUGAAGCAAAAUCAUCCUACCAGGUAGAGGGCACAGGUUAUGACACCUACCUCAGAGAUGCUCACAGGCAGUUCCGGGAUUAUUGUUCAAUCUGCUUAAGAUGGGAGUGGCCUGGAUCUCCAAAAGCAUUGGAAAAAUGCAAUUUAGAAGCAGCUUUCUUUGAGGGUCAUUUCUUGAAAGUUUUGUUUGACAGAAUGGGGAGGAUCCUUGAUCAGCCAUAUGAUGUAAAUUUACAAGUAACAUCAGUGUUAUCCAGACUUUCUCUUUUCCCUCAUCCUCAUAUACAUGAGUACCUUUUGGAUCCAUAUGUGAAUCUUGCUUCUGGCUGUAGAUCACUUUUUUCUGUUAUUGUCAGGGUUGUUGGUGACCUUAUGGUCCGAAUCCAGCGGAUUCCAGAUUUCACCCCCAAACUUUUGCUGGUCAGAAAACGACUACUUGGUUUGGAGCCUGAAGGACCAGUGAUUGAUCACAUGACAUUACUAGAGGGUGUGAUUGUAUUAGAAGAAUUCUGUAAGGAACUAGCAGCAAUUGCAUUUGUGAAGUAUCACACUUCAUCUACACCAUGAAGAACAUCUUUAUGGUAGUCUCCAUAUCACCCAGGCAAGAAAGGAUGAAGCCAGAACCAUGACGAACACAACUGAAUGGACAUUCUUGGUAGCAGGUGUAUAAGUUUUUGCCAUUGUCUUUAUUGUAAUGGUUCUAUAUGUAAUUGCAUGUCAUUGAAUCCAGGAUGCAAUCAAAGGAAUUUCAGGAAACAAACAUUUUUAAUGACUGUUUCAAAAGCUGUAAAAUUUCUGAUGUCAUAACUUAGAUGAUCUUUGGUUAUUUUAAUAUCAUUUAAGGUAGUGAGGCUUUUUGACACUCUCUGGAACUCGGUGCAUAUAGUCUUUUGGAUAGAUAUGUAGCAAAGAAAAUCACUGAUUUUUGUAAUUUUUUGAUGUCAGAAUUCUUAUCAAACAAAAGAUGAAAGUGGGAAUCAGAAAAUGUUAUACAUGUAUUAAAAAAAUUAGUUCAAAACAAGAAAGCAAGAAAAAGCGGAUGAUGAUAACUGAAGAAAAGAAUUUUUAGAAUAAAUUUACUUCCUUCAGUCUUUUAUAAAAAAAAAUUUAGCAAAGUGAAGAAAUUCUUAAUUUAUGUAAUGGAUAUUUAAUCAAUUUUUCAAAAUAUUUUAAUCUUAUUUAGCAAUGUUAAGAAUUGAUUCCAUAUGUUGGUCCCAGUUUAUUUAAACUAUCAUAUUUGCCACUGUGUUUGUUAAAACUAUUUUUUAAAGUUUAUUUAACACAAAUUGGGUUGAGAACAUUCUGUGCCUUGGCAGUGUAUUUUGUGAUUUUAUUAUCCUGUUGAAUUUCAUGGUAGUUUCUAGGCAAAGAACUGACUGAUACCAUUUUAGUAAGAAGCAAUUAGAAUGCCAACAUCCUUAAUGUUUACAUUUUUCUUUAUUGAAGUCUUUGUUGUGUAGGAUUCUAAAAGGGAAAAAAUAUAUAGUUUUUCAGUAUCCUUCUUGUAUGUCAAAGGAUUUUGGUAAAUUGCUGUGUAUGUGUGUGUGUAGAAAGUGGAUGCUGACUGGGUCUCUUGGGCAGAUUUGUGGGCAGUUUAUCCAAACAGCGCUGGGCGCAAGUGCUUUGUGGACAAAGCAGUGUUUGCCGCUGCCACUUGGCCUUUUUAAUUUAAUUUACUUUUAGUACUCAGAUCAGUCUUCUAAGUUGUCUAUUUAGGGUUUUUUGUUGUUAACAUUUUUAAAGUUAAGCAGCUGCACUUUUUCUUAAUUAUCAGUCCAUUUAAAAAUAUGGGGGGGGGGGUGUUACCUUUUAUAGUCACUUAAAGGGAAUCUGUCACUGCCUUUUUGCAAAGCUGUAUUUACUUAGCACAUACUUGCUUAUAUGAAGACUGCACUGUCUGUGUAUAGGACCAAGAUAAACUUUUGUGUUUUUAGGGCUUUUGUUUUGAUUUCAUUUUUCUGGUCUUUCAUGUUUCAUAAAGCUUCUUUUCAUUACAGGAUAUCAAAUGAUUAUGAGCAUUCUAUUUACCACCUUUUAAGAGAAUAUGUGUUUGUAAAUAAUUUAGUCCAAAUUUGUAAUGAUAUUCCAAAUUUGCAAAGUAAAAUGACAAAAAAAAUCAAGUUUAUAAACCACAGUUUAACAUCAUGUAUAGUUUUCUUUAAAAGAUGUUGAUGAUGGACUUUCAGUCUGCUAUUAUCAGUCAGUUCAUGCAAAGAGUACUGCAUUCAUACUUUAUUGUAGAAGUUGUUUACUUAAUUUGAAUUAUUUAAAACAAUGCAUUAAGGUAAAUUUUGCUUAUUAAUAUUUUCUUAUGUUUGGUAUGUAAUUGUUUAAUGUUUAAGAUGUCACUGUGAUGCUGUUACCUCUCAAGCCAAAUGCUAUUCUUCCUCUCAGAAAUGGAUGUUGUGAGCUAACCCAUGAAAUCAAGUUAAAAGCUUUAGGACUUGUUUUUGUACUGGGUAGUGCUUAUGAAACCAUAGUUCUAUUAAUACAGUGACUCUUCCAAAUAAGUUAACAAUUAAGAUAAACUUUUUUAAUUUUUACAUGCACUUUUUGUGUUUGGAAGAUAUGAAAAAUCACUCAAUGUUGUAUCUGGAUUUGUCAGUGGAAAGUUGCACUAAGGUAGCUUAGUUUUUAUUGUUGUUCCAUGUAUAGGGCCCUUUAUUUCCUAUUAAUGAACAUUUGAAUAAAAGAUUGUUAAUGGCUAAUGUUGGACUAAAAAACAUCACUGAGAUAAUCACCAUAAGCAGAUCCCAAAUUAAAUUUCAGCUUUGCUGCAUAUUUGUGUAAAUAGGGGUGCACAUUAAAAACACAACUUUUUCUUCCACCAGUGUAGUUAACUUUUCAAACCUGUUGAAGUUUUUAUAAUGAGCAUUAGUCUUAGCCUUCAGCCUUUGACAUUGCGAUGCUCACAUUGUAACUAUGUAUAGUUCUCAUAAUAUAUCUGUCUGUGCAAUAUGAGAGUUGUGAGUUAAUACACAGCUUUUCAGUCUGGUUGUACAUUACUAUAUGUAUAUAUGGACCCAAAUCCUUAGCUUGCUUACACUGUUGCUAGUGUAAAAGUUGUUACACCUAAUUUUACAGGGCACAAAAAUUAUGGAAUUACUUCAUCAAUUGGUAAGUUUUUUCCACAAAUUAUUGUAUAAAUGUAAAAUGACCAUUUAAUUAUGAAGUUCACAGACAUUAAUAGAAACCGUGAAAUGCUAACUCACAGAUUACAUGGUGUUUGUAUUUUGGGUUGUAUGAUAAAUCCAGAUAUGUAUGCCAUGGUAAUAGUCCAGUGCUUUAACAAAUACAUUGAUAAUCAUUUCAGGCCCUGUAAAAUAGUGUUACUAUAAACUCUUUGUUUGCCUCCUGCCUUGUUUACAUUAAACAGAGGAUAUUCAGUAAAUUUUUUCUAUUGAACUUUGUAUAAAUUGCUGACUCAACAGUAUUACCACAGUUUGGCAGUCAUGGGGCUCUCUGGUGAAGAAGCAGUGAUCAGAGUAAACACUUUUAACUUUUACAAAGAAGAUUGUGAUAAUGUUCAACUCUGUGCUAACCAAUGCAUGCAGGUCUAAGAGGGAUAUUCUAAAAUAAAUUAAUUUAAUUUAAGCUA